AUGAAUUCCUGGGAAGCGUAUCAGACCAACGCUAUUAGUUUCGUGGUGGAAACCAGCUCGUUGGAGUUUCAAACUACUUUUCCGGCGGUUAGUGUAUGCGAAGUGAAUAACGUCGCCAACAUCCAGAAAUUAGCCAACAAACUGAUUGUUGUACCUAUUUCAUUCAACAAUAAUAUUGAUAUUGAGUUUAGGAUAUUUGGAGACAAUAGGAAUUUCAAUUUGGACGAGAUUGUAAAAGAGAUAACUUACUUCAAAGGAACUUCAUAUUAUAUUAAUGAAUUUUGUAUGACUGGACAAUAUAAUUGCCCCAAAAGUAAUUUCAGUAAAUUAGCAAUUUCUGUGAAUUCAAUUUUUAUUCAGACGAGAAGUACAUGUGAUGAAGUGUUUUUAAAUUGCACUUGGAACAACGUUCGUGACUUUGAUUGUUGCAAGCAUUUUAUUCUUACUGAAACCGAACUAGGCAUUUGUUACACACUUACAAUGGAAAAUGAAUCGUCAGUAUGCAUAUAUACGGUCAAUUUCAUAGCAUUGAAGUAUUGUAAUUUUAAUGUACGGAUUUAUUUAUAUAGGCCAGAUUCUGAUGAUUUUAUUGACAUGUAUUCCAACCGAGAGACGGGUCCGAGCAAUUUACGCAUAAAAUUGUUAUCGCCAAGUCAGGUGGCUGCAAUUUACAUUUUACCAACCCUACAAACUUUUCGCAUAAGCCAAAUUGUUGUACUACUACACAACUACAGUACUACUGUUUUUAUUCACUCAGUAGUAGAUGUACCAUACUAUAAUACAAUAAGUACAGAUAUUUUACAAGCCACAAUGGGCAUUUAUAAACAAUUUAAGUUUGUUAUUAAAGAUAUUGAAAAUGAAGACGAAGUCAGAUUUGUUGGCAUUUCACAACGCAGAUGCAGAUUUCCAUUAGAGAAUUACCUUGAUGUCAGUUCAAAAUACAGUUAUAGUUCUUGCAUUGUAAACUGCCGCCGUCAAAAGCAACUAGAGAUGUGUAAUUGUACUUCUCAUUUAAUGCCUAACAGCAGUAUGUAUGGAAUUACUAUAGAAUUAAGUGAACAAUGUGAUAUAAAUGGACUUGUAUGUUUAAAUACACAUUAUGCUGAAUUAUCGGUGUUAAAAAAGAAGAAAAGUAAGCGACCAGGUUUAGAAUGUUACUGUGUACCCUCAUGUAUUGAAGCUGAAAUAAGUGUCAUAACAGUUGAAUCAUUUAUAACUAAUGAAAACGAAUCAGUUAUACAAUUAAUGAUGGACCGAUUACCAGCAGAGCGGCUUAAACGCAAUGUUGUUAGAGGAAGAUUAGAUGUAUUAGUUUCAUUAGGUGGUUCUGUCGCAUUAUUUGUUGGAGCAAGUAUAUUGAGCUUUUUGGAAAUUAUCUAUUAUUUCAUUAUACGUAUGCGCAAUGUUAAAAUGCCAAAUUUAAAAAAACCCAAGACGUCAAAAUGUGAACUAAAGAUGAAAUAAUUAGUAAGACAAUAGACAGAACAAGAUUUAGACGCACACGUUUUAUUUAUUGAGGUCACAGUAUACAAAUAAUAUAAUGUUAUUCACAUCAUAAUUAAAUAAAAAUUAUUUUUUGUCAGUAAAAUCAA